AUGGGAGGAAUAGGGUGGAACGGGCUGUUGGUGCUAGUGUGCGUCUCUCUGGCAAGCCUGGCUGGUGUCACACAAGGAAAGACGGUGAAAUAUCAGACAUUUGAGGAAGACGCACCAGGGACAGUGAUUGGAAACUUGGCCAAGGACAUCUCUUCCACUCCCUCUUCCUCGGGGGGUUCCAGGACCAAUUUCAGGAUGAUGAAACAGUUCAACUCCUCUUUUAUCCGUCUGAGGGAGAGCGACGGGCAGCUGACCAUAGGGGAGAGGAUAGACAGGGAGCGGAUUUGCAAACACACCCUGCACUGCCUCAUCGCUUUCGACGUGGUCAGCUUCUCCAAAGAGCAGUUCAAACUCAUCCACGUGGAGGUGGAGGUCAAGGACAUCAACGACAACUCCCCCGAGUUCCCCCGGAAAGAGUCGAGUCUGGAGAUCUCCGAGAACACAGCGGUGGGCACACGGAUCCCGCUGGACUUUGCCGUGGAUGACGAUGUUGGGGUGAACUACAUCCAAAGCUACCAGAUCUCUGUCAACAGCCACUUUUCAAUCGACGUGCUCAGCAGGGCCGACGGGGUUAAAUAUGCGGAGCUGGUGCUCAUGAAGGAGCUGGACCGGGAGACGCAGGCUUCUUACGCGCUGGAGCUGGUCGCAAUGGACGGCGGCAACCCGUCCCGCACCGGAACAACGCGCAUCAACGUCAAGGUGAAAGACUACAAUGACAACAGCCCGGUGUUCGACAGGAACAGCUUCUCCGUGGAUCUGCCCGAGGACGCACCGGCGGGCUCCCUCUUGCUGGACCUGAACGCGGAGGACCCGGACGAAGGGCUGAAUGGCGAGGUGGUGUACGGGUUCGGUCACCAGGUGCCCACAGAAAUACGACAACUCUUCAGAGUGGACAGGAAGACCGGACGGCUUACCCUGGAGAGCCCGAUUGACUUUGAAAGUAAGAACACGUACGAGUUUGACGUCCAGGCCACGGACCUGGGUCCGAACCCGAGCCCGGCCAUUUGCAAAAUUGUAGUGCAGGUGCAAGACGUUAACGACAACGCACCGGAGAUCUCCAUCACCCCCAUGACAUCCAUCACGGCGGGGAUAGCGUACAUCACCGAGGCGGCGGCCAGAGAGAGUUUCGUUGCUCUGGUCAGCACCUCGGACCGAGACUCCGGCGCUAACGGGCAGGUGCACUGCACGCUCUAUGGACACGAUCACUUCAGACUGCAGCAGGCCUACGAGGACAGCUUCAUGAUUGUGAGUACCAGUCCGUUAGACCGGGAGAAAAUCCCCGAAUAUAAUCUCACAGUGGUGGCGGAGGAUCUGGGCUCCCCUCCCUUCAGGACCAUCACUCAGUACACAAUCAGACUUACAGACGAGAACGACAAUGCUCCGGUGUUCAGUAAACCGGUGUAUGAGGUGGCCGUGGUGGAGAACAACGCACCUGGCGCAUACAUCACCACGGUGGUGGCGCGCGACAUGGACAUGGGGUCAAACGGGAAGGUCAGCUACAAACUGGCGGACACAUACUUCAUGGGCUCCCCCAUUUCCACCUUCGUGUCACUGGAUCCCGCCAGCGGGUCGCUUUACGCGCUCCGGAGCUUCAACUAUGAGGUGAUGAAACAGCUGGAGCUCCGUAUCACGGCCAGCGACGGCGGCUCCCCGCCCCUGUCCGGCAGCGCUAAUGUCUAUGUGAGGAUAGUGGACCAGAAUGAUAAUGCACCGGUCAUCACUCAGCCGGCUCUCAAUAACGGCUCCGCUGAAGUCCUCCUGCCCCGGGACGCACCGACCGGCUACGUCAUCACCCGGGUGGAGGCGCGGGAUGCGGAUGAGGGCGUGAACUCAGAGCUGUCCUAUGGGCUGGCCACAGGUGAACCCUCUGUGUUCUCUGUUAACAAAGCCACAGGGGAGAUCUACCUCAACCAGGUGCUCAGCCACGACGUGGACGAAACCCUGAGCUUGACAGUCACUGUGAGUGACAACGGGAGGCCCGCGCUCACCUCCACCGCCACGCUCCACUUCCUCAUCAUCGCAGGCUCCCCGCCGAGUGACAGGACAGUGUACCAGCCAGGAAGCGGGGACGAGGUGCACGCGCAGUGGGACCUGUCGGUGGUAAUUAUCGUUGUCCUGGCGGGGAGCUGCACGCUCCUGCUGCUCGCCAUCAUCCUCAUCGCCACCACCUGCAACCGGCGAAAGCGGGACAAAAGCGGAGAGGACAGCGACUCGUACGGGGAGAAGGGCACGCUGGAGCGGGGCCGGAACCAUGUGGCGGACAACCCACUCCUGCCUCUCCACGGGGCCGGGGGUGGAGCGGGCUUUGACGGACACUCCUACAGCAGCCAGCCCGGUGGGUUCAACUCGGCUCACCCCGGGGGCAGCGACAUGUGCUCAGCCUCAGAGGACGGCAGCGAGGUGCCCUGUGUGUAUGACUCAGACAGCAACAACAAGCUCCGAGGGAAUAAACACGAGGGCUACUCCACUCUGCCUGGCUAUGGGAAUGGCAAAGAGGCUGUGAGGCCCAUCACUAUCUGGAAGGGGAAUUCUUACACCACCAUCUCUGCCAGGGACCCGGCCUUCAGUGGCAAAGACAGUGGCAAGGGAGACAGUGACUUCAAUGACAGUGACAGUGAUGUCAGUGGAGACACAGGCCUGAAGAAAGAUGGGGCGGUGGUUGCUCCCAUGGGAGGCCAAAAUGGUCUGUGGGCUUGCACCAGUGAAUGCAAGGUCCUGGGUCACUCAGAUCGCUGCUGGAGCCCCUCAGCAGUAAGAGCCAACGCAGCACCCUCUCCAGCCCCAACCCUCUCUUCCUUCACCAACCUCUCCAAGACAGCCUCCCUACCCCGGGACCCCCACCGCCGGGACAACUACUACCAGGCCCAGAUCCCCAAAACAGUGGGGCUGCAGAGUGUGUAUGAGAAGGUGCUGCACAGAGAGUACGAUUACGUCCUGGUCACCCCACCCAGGCCUGUGAGGGUGCAGGAGAUCAGUGAUAUAACCAUCCCUGCUUACACCCCCACCCCAACACACUGUCCCAACAAUGACGUCUAA